UUUUCCAUUCGGCGGAGGGGGGCCGGGGAGGGGGCUCCGCCGGAUCGUGCCGUCCGCGCCGAGCGGCAGGCGGCGGGCCCGGGCGGGGCGGCGGAGGAUGUUGCGGCCGGUGGGGCCGCCGGGACGGCGCUGAGGCGUCGCUGUCCCGAACGCGGCGCAGCGGAGUUCCAAACUGGACCAAGUUUGGCUGUACUUCUAUAACGAUAGCAGAAGGUGGUCCACGCUUCCUGAAUUUAUAAGAUGAGGAGUAACCAUGUCCGCAACUCAGAGAAGGAAACUGGCAAGUUCAUGUUGAGGUGUAUUCUCAAGACAAGAUACAGAGACUUGUAUGCUUUUCUGGAUAACGUAAUCCAUGGAUAAAGUGGGAAAGAUGUGGAACAAUUUCAAAUACAGGUGCCAGAAUCUCUUCAGUCAUGAGGGUGGAAGCCAAAAUGAAAAUGUAGUUGUGAACUCCAAUAGUUGCUCAUCUGCUAAAGAGAAAGCUAUCCAAAUAACUGAGUUGGCUCAACAGCAACCCAGCAGCCCUUUGAGAGAAAACAUUGCUUUGCAAUUAGGUUUAAGUCCUUCAAAGAAUUCAGCAAGGCGGAACCAAAACUGUGUCACAGAAAUUCCUCAGAUUGUUGAAAUAAGCAUUGAGAAGGAGAAUGACUCGUGUGUCACCACUGGAGCUAGACUUGCUCGAAGGGACUCUUAUUCUCGGCAUGCUCCUUGGGGUGGGAAGAAGAAGCAUUCCUGCUCUACCAAAACCCAGAGCUCCUUGGAUACCGAAAAAAGAUUUGGUAGAACACGAAGUGGUUUGCAAAGGAGGGAGAGAAGGUAUGGGGUGAGUUCUGUCCAUGAUACAGAUGCAGUAUCAAACAGGACAGUAGGUAGCCGUUCUCUGCGACAGCGUCUACAAGAUACUGUUGGGCUGUGUUUUCCCAUGAGAACUUACAGCAAACAGUCCAAACCUCUGUUUUCUAACAAAAGAAAGAUCCAUCUCUCUGAACUGAUGCUUGAGAAAUGUCCUUUUCCUGCAGGCUCCGAUCUGGCCCAGAAGUGGCAUCUGAUUAAACAACACACAGCGCCUGUGAGUCCUCAUUCAACUUUUUUUGACACGUUUGAUCCUUCCUUGGUUUCCACAGAAGAUGAAGAAGACAGGCUCAGAGAGAGGCGUAGACUUAGUAUUGAAGAAGGGGUUGAUCCCCCUCCCAAUGCCCAAAUACAUACUUUUGAAGCUACAGCACAGGUUAAUCCGUUGUAUAAACUGGGACCAAAGUUAGCCCCUGGUAUGACUGAGCUGACGGGGGACAAAAACAUAACACCUCCAGGGAACUGUGACUCUGAAGAGGACACAACAACGCUUUGUCUGCAGUCACGCAGGCAGAAGCAGCGUCAGAUGUCUGGAGAGAGCCACGGCCAUAUUGGCAGGCAGGGGGCUUGGAAAGUGCAUACUCAAAUCGAUUACAUCCAUUGCCUUGUGCCAGACUUACUUCAGAUCACAGGUAACCCGUGUUACUGGGGUGUGAUGGACCGCUAUGAAGCAGAAGCACUUCUGGAGGGGAAACCCGAAGGCACUUUUUUGCUCAGGGACUCUGCGCAAGAGGACUACCUCUUCUCUGUGAGCUUCCGUCGUUACAACCGAUCGCUACAUGCACGCAUUGAGCAGUGGAAUCACAACUUUAGUUUCGAUGCCCAUGAUCCCUGUGUGUUUCACUCCUCCACUGUUACAGGGCUUCUGGAACACUACAAAGACCCUAGCUCUUGCAUGUUCUUUGAACCAUUGCUUACUGUAUCUCUGAACAGGACUUUCCCCUUUAGUCUGCAGUAUAUCUGCCGGGCAGUAAUCUGCAGGUGCACUACGUAUGAUGGAAUUGAUGACCUUCCUCUACCCUCAAUGUUGCAAGACUUUCUAAAGGAAUAUCACUAUAAACAAAAAGUCAGGGUGCGAUGGCUGGAGCGGGAACCUAUAAAAAACAAGUAAACGAAAAUCAGAAUAAGCUUCUAGAAUAUGCUUUUUUUUGUGUGUUACAGUUUAACUGCAGCAAGCUCACCAACAAUGUCUAGCUUUUCUGCAAUAUCCUAUUUAAGCUGAGUGUUAGUAUCCUGUCAGAUGCUGCCUGCUGUUAAUCAAACUAAGUUGUGAUGCCUCUUGGAAACAACAAGCAGAUACAAUUCUGCACGUUUUUCAUUAAGGCCUAAUGAAAAUAUUUUUGCUAAUUUCUAAAUACUUUUUCCCUUUUAUAACUGUAGUAAUUGGAUGAAGAAACUAUGAGGCAUUUUCCAUAGGGCAUUCAUGUAAUGCUAGUAAAGAAAGGCUUUAUUAGAGGAGCAUUUUUGCUAGUAUUUGAAGUAUUUUUUUAAAAUUUUCUUGAAAACUUUCCACUACUCAAAGUACUAAUUUAGCUCACAGACAAGUUUCCAAAUACUAGUGAGUAAUGAAGAGCAGUUCAUUAGAAGCAGUCCAUUAAGAGUUAAUGGUGCUUUGAUGCUAACAGAUGAAUCAUGCUUUUCUCAGUGUAUAAGGUUUCCUAAUCAUUAAGACUUGAAUAUGCCUGCUCAGUACUGUAAUUCUAUUUUAAACACUUGGAGAUUUAAGUGGCAUUGUUAGCAAAAGUAAUAAACUGUCUUGGACAGUUAAAUACCUUCCAGUGUGAAUUACUGAUUCAGUGACAGGACACAGGAUUAGAUUAUUGCCAUGAAACAAAAGGUUGCAAUUUUUUCUAAGACAGAACUUGGUGGCCUGACUGCUAGUAACUUACAAUGGAAGGUAAUAGUGAAGAGAAAAAAAUGUUGAAUUGUUUAAAGUCGUCUGAUAUUUUUAUGGCAAAAAUUACAAGUGGUUGAAUUAUUAUAAUCAGAAUACUAAAUCUGACGUAUCUGAAAUAAAUGUCAUGUUUCAGAGGUACUGCUACACUUUAUUUGUAAAUAUCUUUCCAUUUGCGCUUUUAAAAAAAUGUUUUAAAGUAAAAUGCACUGAUUAUAGUUUCAACAGAUUACUUGGAAACAGGAUUCUAAGUUCUGUUUGCUUAUUUAAUGGGAGAUGGAACUUAAAAUAGUUCUGUCUUAGACAUUUUUGCACUAAAAUUUUGUUGGAAUGCCCUGACCCCUGUUUAAUGUUUUGUACCAAUUAUGAGUGCUCUCUAGUUUCUUUACCAGCUGCUACAGUAUGUUAUUACUUACUUCUCUAUGGCAGUGACCUGUGCGAGGUAGGGAACAUUUUGGCUGCAAGUACAAUAAACGUUAUUCUUGUAUGCUACACUAACCCUUCUAUUGAUGUAUUUUUCUGCUUGCUGUGCCUUGUUCUGGCUUUUUGUGCUAAUAAAGUACGGUAUGUUCAGUGUUAUACUUGUAUAUCUGCUCUGUUUUUAUAUAUUCACGUAACGUGUAGCAGAUAACUGCAUUUUUAAUAGGCUUUUCUUAGUACUUAGUAUAGGUAAUGCACAAAUACUGUGCAGUUGAAUAUUGGUUGGUCAGCACACCAUAUUCCUGGUUUUUGUUACAUGCUUGUCAGAAACCUAACAGUGUACACCAUCGAAUAAUAUUUCUGUAGUCACUGCAAAGUAAUGGACUUGUCUGCAGGCAUAGAGCAUUUUACAGUUUUUGUAAUGUAAAGGAUAAAUGUUAAGCAACAAGUACUCUAAAACAUUAUUGAUCCCCUGUAAUGGUUGCUGAAGGUGUUUCAGCUUGUUAUAUAGCUAACUGCUAAGCUUGAUGUUUUGAUACUCCCCACUGAGUAAGGAAUGGUUAUUCCUGUAAAUUGACAGUACAGCAGUGGCAUUUGUUCACUUUUAGACUAUUUUAAUAAAUACAUGUACACACAAACUGGCCAAAUGUCCUGUUUUUACCAAAGAAUACUGUCAAUUUAUGUUGGAGUAUUUUUUUAGUAAAAAAACUUAAGAGUGGAGAGGUGCAAUUUCCGUUCUAUCAAAUAUUUAUCCCAAGCUAUGAUAAACCAAAGUAUUUGACAACUUCAUCUGAACUUAUGUAUAUGUUUAUGUUGGUGAAGCCUAAAACUUUUACAUCAACAUUGUCGUCAUUUUUCUUGAACUCACAAUGCACCUGAAGGGGAAUGAUUCAAAUAAUUUUGUAAUGACUGGAACAGCACUACGUAGAAGCUCAUACUGCAAGGAGUUAAUCUGAAGCACCCAGAAAGCACUUUAAAACAUGUGUUUAUAUGCUUGUGGAAAAUUUGUGAUCCCGUUAUGCAUUCUUUGUACUAGCUUAUCUUCUUUCAUGUGUUAAAAGACUUCAACUGUUAAAAUGGAACUUUGUUUAGAAUAUGUAAAUACGAAGUUUAUGUAAGUAUGUGUACAAAUGUGCUAAUGGUCACUUAAGUUUUGAAUUGUGUGUGUGUCAUUGGAUAUGCAACUCCUGGUUUAAAAUCUGCUCUAAGCAUAAAAAGAGGAAAAAAAAAAAAGUCACCAGCAUGAAAUUGCACCUAAGUGUACCUUCACUGUGUCGUUUUCACUGUUCCCUCAGUUGGAUCUGACUUCCAGAUAAGUUUACUUUAAAUCUUACUUUCAAUCUUAGUAUCAUACAGUCAACCUGCAACCAAACUUUGUCCCAGUGUAGGGACCUGUUUUUGUUUACACCGUUGCAGUUGCUUGUCAUAAACUAGCUGAUGAGAUUCUAGAUGUGACAUUAUCAAUGUGGUCAGGAAUACACGUGCAUUUAAUUUUUUAUCAUGUGGUGGAAUCUUUGGGAAAAAAAAAAAAAUAAAAACCCCAAACCCUUAUCUUAGAAAGCUUGCUCUUGCAUUUGUGUAAAUAAUCUUUAUGGAGAGGAUUUAUUGCUCCCUUAAAACACACAAAAAAUGAAUGAUCUAUUUCUCUACAACUUUUUUUAAAGCUUUGCUUCACUGAAAUAUACAGAGUAACUUGCUAGUGUGGUUAUGCUAAAAAUAAUCACUUUUUAAAUUAUAGUCAACUUGAGCGUUGACUACUCGAGUUGCAGUGUGUUUAUUAAUGAAUACAUUUAUGGUUCUAAAGGCACUAAAAGAGUAUGUUGAGAAUGCAAGUAGUUGAUCCUUCAUUUCUGUUCGAGGAAUAAGCUUUAACUUUAACCUUAUGAUUUUGUUUGGAAAGUCUUAUACAUGUUGUCUUCAAAAGAUGUGCACAAACCAUUGAUUUUUUUUUUUUUUUUUUUUUAACAGUAGGAUUCAAUGUAUGCCAGCAUGAUUCCAGGCUAAUUUGGUUAUAUGGCAGAUAAGUAUUUGAGCCUCAGUCUUAUAAAGUGUUCUUUCGAGACAAUUCUCAUUUCUGCAGAAAGGGCUAUAGAAAGGGCUUACUCAGUAAAUUAUUUUGAAAAAAAUCUUAUGAAGAUCUUUGACCAUAUUUGAAAAGAACAGGGUGUUGGCACUAUGUGGGAAUUAAGAUCUUUGAAUACUUAGCACAACUUGGUGGUUUUGUUGCGUAUAAAUACAUUGUUGUUUUAGAAAGUCAGCAACUGCUCCAGUUUACCAAGAUUGGGAAAUUGAAAUAAUUGUAAUUUCCAUAUAACAUGUUAUCUAACAUUGGAAAAUUUUUAUGUAAAUAAAACAGUCAUCAAUACAUUGACAUAUAGUGCAUGGAGGUUUUUUGCUCUGAGUGGAUCAUUGUAGAACAGAAUUACAAUUUUUAAAAUGAGGGCAUUAAAUCAAAAUCUUCUUAGAAAUCUAUGUUACUGUGGAAUUGGAGAAAAGUAAUGAUGCUAUAUUUUGACUAUAUAUGAGGGUCUGUGGGUUAGGGUUUUUCAUCAGUUUUAAAGGCGUAAUUCUUCUGAAAAUACUCUUAAGAACGUGUAGGCACUUGUCCAGAUAAUUUACUUGUCAGAAUGAAAUUUUUUCUAAAAAAAUAAGUUACAAAGCCAUGUCUUGCAUUUAUGUACUUUAAAUUUUGUGUGUAUUUGAAGACUUGUUUACAAAAUGAUAGUCUUUAGGUCAGAAGCGUAGUCCUUGAAAGACCUGUCUGUGUAUCCUUGGUGUUUGAUAAGAUGAAUUCAAGCCUUGGCUAGACAUCAUCCUGACAGUCACUCACAUCCUUAAGUCCGUAUUUAACUUCAAGGUUCUGCACUACUUAGAAACAAGCAAAGAUUCUGAAUUUCUGUGAUAUAAACCAGGUUUGCUUUAGUCUUCAUGUGCAAGCCAAAACAUUUUCAGAAUGCUUUAAAGCUUGUCUCUGCUGCAAAGUUGCAUGAAGCUGUCAGGUCAGAAGUUACUGAGUACCAGAGAGAUGACUCUGAAGAGAGCGUGCUACUUUUUUUUUUUUUUUUUUUUUUUUUUUUUUCAAAGUUACCUUGAAGUACAGUAUUUAAUGGAAAAAUAUGAACUGGAUCUUCUCAGAGUCUUUCUAACAUAACUAUUUGUUUCCUUUUAAAACCAUUCACAUUUAAAAUUACAAAAGUGCUUUUUGAGUCUCAUUUUCAUAAAAUGUUGUGCCAAACCUUAGUCUGCAAGAAUCUACAUAGCCCAGAUAUAUCUGUUAAGAUGCCUCCAAGCGUGAGGGCGUUCAUGGUCUUUUUUUUGAAGCUACCCAAAGUACACCAAUAUGGUGAACAUUAAUAUAUUAGAAUUCUAAAAAUUCUGACUUCUGUCUGUGUGUGGCAUGCAUUGCAAAUAAAAGGACUAUUUUAUCUGUAUCUUCAGCUGUAUAUAUACAUUAUAGCCAGUUGAUUGGUGUGUGUUUUUGUGCUAUUGCCACACUUGCCUAAAUGGUUGUCUCCUGACUGUGACCAAAGGAGAUUUUUUUUUUUUGUUCAUAAUUGCUUUUUUUUUAAAAAAAAAAAUCUCACAAUAGACAGAAAUCAAAUUGGUUGGCUUUUAAAGUGUUAACUCUUACAAAGCGUGGCAUAACACCUCUAAUUACUCUCCCUUUUUGCAAUACUGAGGUACAGAGAAUCAUUUAGCUUUGCCAUGGGUUGUGUCUACCAAAUGCAGUUGACCUUAAAUGUCUGAAUUUUAAACUUUUUUUCAUUUUUAAUUGAAAAUGCUGUUGAUGAGGGCUUUGAAAAAUAAGUCUUGAUGUUUUCACAGCAAGAUACAUAAAGUAAAUGUUUUGCAAUGAGGUAAGGAUCUCUUUAAGAUGCUUUAUAAGAAGUCUCCAUCUCACUACAUCUUAAAUCAAGACUCUUUAAAAAAAAAAAAAAACACAAACAAAACACCUCUUGAUGACUUUAACCUUACAAUCAUUUAAAGACUGGUAAGAAUUCUGAUGCUUUUACUUAAUUUGCUUGCAUGUGAUCAUACUGAUUUAAGAGUAGUUUUUCAAGAAGCAAAUUUUAAAUCUGUUAUUUCAAUGAAGCAUUGCCAUUCUGUAUUUUUAUAAAAUAUUCCGUUUACAAAAUUGUGUAUCAAUAGGAUGUUAACCUGAUACUGUCUUUAAAUCUAUUGUUAUCAAGGUAACUUGUGUAUAUGCUUUUCAAGCUGAAUAAAUGUUCAUUUUGUAAAUUUGCAUUAAAGCUACAGCUGUUAUCAGCUAGAUUUUUUAGGGCCAACACAAUGUAUUUAAGAGCUGAAGCUCCUGGUGCUUGACCUUUUUUUUUUUUUUUUUUUUUUUCCUGUCUCCAGUAGGAAAAAAAAUACAUAAUUGUAUAUGUGUGAUAUAGCUAAUAUUGCAGACUUCUUUGUUAAGCACACAGCUACACUGACAAGCAGAAACAUAUCUGAAACUUGCUUGUCUGGAGUAAAGCAACCUCUAAUUUCUCAGCAGGAGUUCUAACUUGGUGACACGUUGGCAAAGAAGAAGCAGAAUAAGGUUUUGUUCUUCUCUGAGCAGCUGUUAAAUUGAACAUGGAGUGUGCUUCCUGUGCGAUAAGGUAUAUUAACUUCUUAGAGCCCUGAGCAUUUUAAUAGCUUUUGGAAGAUACAAAAGUACUCAUCUGCUUUGUCACUUCUUGCUUUUGUACUUGUAAUUUUGCAUAAAGCAUGAAGAGGUAUAUUUAUUAAAAUUGAAUCUAUGUAGUCACCUACUGUAUAAGCACUACUUUGUAAUAUCUUCACGGAGAUAGCAAAUUCAUACACGAUUAUAUUUAAACUGUUUUGGGAGAGUGAAUAAUGACACUGUGGGCACAAAUUAAUUCAGAUUGCACUAUAAACUUUCUUACCAGAAGCCUUCAUUCUUACGAAAAAACCUGUGCGAUCCCCUCACAGAAAAACUGUAGCUUUGGUGAUGCACUCUUUGGUAGGUGUCCAAAAAAGCGGCACCCAGACGGUCCCUGGACCUUUUCCCGACAUUCCAGCUGAAGGGGCCCUGGCAGGCCCGCCGGGCACUCGAGGAGUUGGCUGGCAAGCAGGCCGUACCGCGCGUCGCCCGAUGCCAGCACCUUGUGUAACUGCGCUGGUUUAAGUCUCCCUAGCUUAGAUGGUUUUUUAACCCGCUGCAGCUUAAAUGUUUCUCCACCCUGCCUAAUUUGUCUUUGUUAUCUGGUUGCCAAACUGUCUCGCAUCUUAAUAUAGUAAGAAAAUAAUGUGAUUUAUGGCUACCCAACCAGUGUAUUAAGUAAUAGAUGGCUCUGUCUUAAUAAAUGGGGUAUAAACUAC